AUGCUAGCUCGACAGGGCGAUCCAGAUCUGUGUCAAGUGGUGCUUCAGGAUCGUCAAGUACAAGAUCCGCUGACCAAGCUGCCACCAUCAUCCCUGCAAGCAGCGGCUGAUCAGAUAGUGGAAAGUGCUGCCAGAGCGUUGCAGAUGUGCAAGAACCUGCUUCUCCUACGAUUCAGAAUGCUCCCAACACUGAUGCUCGUAGCACAAGCCAACAACGCCGUCAAACAAGACAAACAAGACAAGCAACAUCCACACAAGGCGGACAUGAUGGGCAAAAGGGAGGAGGAGCAACAGCAGCAGACACGUCAAGUGGUCGUGGAGGAAAAAAAUCAGGAAGGUGUCGUGGCGGAUAGUGACGAUGAUACGCCCUUGGAAAAAAAGUUCCGAACGAAACAAUCAAAAGAGGGUGAUGGUGAUCGUGACUUAUAUAUACUCCCGCUAUCACUGCUACCGCGGCCAACGGCAUCCAUGUUUUUGAGAACAUCACCACCAAUUACAGAGCAUAUGACGACGAUCGUUCCUGAUAAUAAUACUGAUCACUUUUGUGGUAUCAUGAACACCAGUCAUAUAAAUAAGACAAUGACGACCGAAACAAAUCUUGAAGGGUCUACAGCAGUGACAGCAACGUCUUUUUCAGCAUCAGCAUCACCCACACGCAGCUACAACAUUCAGAGACAAGACGACGCUAAUGACAAUAGCAACAACAACAACCAAAAAAACGAUGUCCUGGACCAAGAAAACGAUGCGAGCACCUUUCAAGCGGCUGAUUUGUAA